UCCAGGUCACCAGCCACUACCCACAAUCCCAGAGGUCCAGGCACCUGCUGCGCAUCCUAGGAACCAGGGUGCAGGGGCGGGAUUCUCCAGCUGCACCACGGAUCCCGCGGCCCAGUAGCUCCCGGCACUCCAGGCUUGGUACGCAGAUGAAAGAUACCAGACGCCAACCUGCCACCCCUGGACCCGAGCAGUGCCCCACCGCGCCACAACGCGCCACACCACGCCUCCACCCGCAGCUUCACAGCCAGAGGCUUUUUAUUUCUUCUAACUUGCUAAAAGCUUGUAGAAGUAGAAUCCUAAAUAUGCACUGUGGACAAGUACCCCUGACACUUUUGGUACUUAUGUUUAUGAACACCUCAGAAACCUGUACUCUACGUCCUCAUAUUACUGCUGUUGAAGGGGAACCAUUCUAUUUGAAAUAUUGCUUAUCUUCAUCUGAGCAUGAGAAUGAGCCAGCCACCAUAAAGUGGUACAAAAGCAAUGAAUCACAUGGACUUGUUGAGCUAAGCUCAAGCAGUUCACCCAGAAUUACUUUGCAUGAUUAUGUUUUGGAGUUUUGGCCCGUUCAGUUGGAUGACAGUGGAUCUUACUUUUUUCAAACAGGAAAUGAUACCCAUGAAUGGAGAUUAAAUGUCAUCAGAAGAAGUAAACACAGAUGUUUUGCUGAAAAACAAGUAAUUAGUAUAACUGUGGAAGUUAAACAAGCUUUGCAAAUACCCUGCGAUGAACAUAGUUACUAUAAAAAACUAGUCAACAGAACAUUGUUAUAUAAGAACUGUGAAAAGAUAGAGAAGAAUAUAAACUCAUCCUUUCGGAAGAAUGCAGAGCUCAAUGAUCAGGGAUAUUACACCUGCAUGUUUUUCCUUUAUCAUAAUGGAAAAUUAUUUAAUGUCACCAACACCUUCAAUAUAACAAUAGUUGGAGAUCAUAGUAAUAUAAUUCCAGUUCUUUUUGGACCAAAGCUGAAACACAUUGGAGUGGAAUUAGGAAAAGAUGUACAGCUCAACUGCUCUGCUUUGCUGAAUGAAAAGGAUCUGAUUUAUUGGAACAUCCAGAAAGAAAAUGGAGAGAAUCCUAAUGUACAUGAAGAGAAAGAAAUAAGAAUUAAGACUUCAGAAGGUAAAUGGCAUGCUUCAAAAAUAUUGAGAAUUGAAAAUAUUAAUGAAAUAAAUCUAAAUUUUUUAUACAAUUGCACUGUGGCCAGCGAGGGUGACAUAGACACCAAAAGCUUCAUCUUGCUAAAAAAAGCAGAACUGGUGGAUAUUCCAGGCCAUGUCUUCACUAGAGGAAUAAUCAUAGCUAUUUUGAUCUCGGGGGUAGCCAUGUGCCUAAUGAUUGUGGCUGUCAUUUAUAGAGUUGACUUGGUUCUAUUUUAUAGAGAUUUCAUGGGAAGAGAUGAAACAUUAACAGAUGGAAAGACAUAUGAUGCUUUUGUGUCUUACCUAAAAGAGUGUCAACCUGAGAAUGGAGAGGAACACACCUUCGCUGUGGAGAUUCUUCCUAGGGUGUUGGAGAAACAUUUUGGGUAUAAAUUAUGCAUAUUUGAAAGGGAUGUAGUGCCCGGCAGAGGUAAGAAAGCUGUUGUUGAUGAAAUCCACUCCUUGAUAGAGCAAAGCCGAAGACUAAUCAUUGUCCUGAGUAAAAGUUACAUGUCUAGUGAAGUCAGAUAUGAACUUGAAAGUGGACUCCAUGAGGCACUGGUGGAAAGGAAAAUUAAAAUAAUCUUAAUUGAAUUUACACCCAUCAGUGACUUCACAUUCUUACCCCAAUCACUAAAACUUUUGAAAUCUCACAGAGUUCUGAAGUGGAAAGCUGAUAAAUCUCUGUCUUAUAACUCAAGGUUCUGGAAAAAUCUUCUUUAUCUGAUGCCUGCUAAAACAGUCAAGCCAUGGAGAGAUGAAUCUGAAGUCUUCCCCAUGCUUUCACAGUCCUGAUCUUCAGAAAAGCUGAAUGUAAUAAAGAACUCCUGAUACUCUGGAGGACUGAGUUGAUGAGUCUGUUCAUAACCAAGGACAUUUUUCAAAAUAUUGAACUCUAUGAAAAUCCUACUCAUAGUUUGAAGAUGGAAUGUUGUUAGAUUGCCAGGGAUAAUACUGAACAUUGAGCUGUGGUUGUGUGGUUCUGGAACACCCUGGUGUUGGGAACCGCCCUGCCUGGUUUCAGGAGCUAUAAACCCUCCAUGGCUAAGGCUGAGUGAGCGACCUUCAGACCAUAAGGUACUAAAGAGGCAAAGCUUAUCUCCCUGGCAGGAAUGCCGCUUCUGCUCCUUCAUCCAUAACUGGCCUCCCAUGCUUGAUCAGUUAGCCAAUGACAAGUAAGAUUUCCCAAGGGGGGAACCACCUAAGACAGGCAUGAUCACACGGAGGCCCCAGAGAAGGACUUGGGGGGCUAUGGAGAAAGAGGGUGAUGGACCCUCGCUGCCUGGCUUUGAUGAAGCCUGAGUCAGUCUGUCUGUGAGAAGUCUCUGAGAAUUCUUUGGCUAUCUGCCCCCUCUGACUGACUUAAGCCUGAAAACAAUGACUGAGGACGGUGCAGCCCUGUGCUGGAAAGGGCAGGCUCCCUGGGUGAUGAGGCCUGAGAAAGGAUAUGUAAAAUCCUGUGAAGCCUGCUUUGCUAAGAAUGCUCUUAGUUAAAUGAUAAAGGCCUAGGCAGAAAAUGAGUUUGUUUUCCCAAAGUUUUGUAGCCUUUUAGCUGAUAGACCCCAGCUUAGAAGAAGCCCUAACAGUUCUUUGUAUGCUAUCUACUGUUUACUGCCUGACAAUGAUUAAUAAGCUGUACCUGUAGUCCUGUGCAAAAAAAACAAUAAAAGCCUGUCUAGGCAAGGGUUGGCAUGCUCCCCCCUUGAGGGAGUAGCUGUGUCAUCCUUUUCCUCCACAGGACUCAGUAGUCCAUGUAAAUUUGUCUUGAUUUUGCAUCCAUAAUGCCGCGGGCACUGCAGGCCAGUGCAUGCAUCACCCUGGAAUUUAAAAGAACAAGAGUGUCCUGUUUUUCCCUCUUCUCUAACUGAGUGUUGAGGCUGGGAAUUGUGCAAAAAAACCUAUGUCUCACAAAAGGGCACAUCUUUAAGAUGCUAACAGUUGAACUACAGAAUUUUAAAUUUAUGAAGUGGAAUUUUCUGUGAGCCAGCAGGUGAAAUAGUAACUGGAAUGGUGCUGUCACCAUCACUCUAUAGCUACCUAGCUCUAAACAUUGUGGGCAGUCCCUGGGAUGUGGGGGAUUGCUGGUAGGGCUGUGUGCAGAGUAGGGGAGUAAUAUUUGAACCUGCUAUAAUAGGGCCAAGGCCUCAGGAUGUGUUCAGUGUAUGUCUACCACAGUGACAGGUAUGGUUCUUGAAACUCAACUGAGGCACUGCACAGGGCAUGCUUACUUAAGUCUGUUUGUGGGAACUUCUUUUUUUUUUUUAAUUAAAAAAAUUUUAAAGAUUUUAUUUAUUUAUCUUUAGAGGGGAAGGGAAGGAGAGAAGGAGAGAAACACCAAUGUAUGGUUGCCUUUCGUGCAUCCCCUGCUGGGAAGUGGCCUGCAGGGAACCGGCCUGCAACCCAGGCAUGUGCCCUGACUGGGAAUCAAAACUCGAUUGUCUGAUUCGCAGGCUCAAUCCACUGAGCUACACCAGCCAGGGCUGUUUGUGGGAGCUUCUUAAAAGUGACCUGUAACAAUCUUUUAUCUUUCAUGAGAAAUACAAAUUUUAAUUCAAAUGAUUUUCCAGGUCUUUCAAAAGUGGUCAAAAACAUUUGUGUUGACUUUAUAUAAAUGUUCAUAAACAGGAUGGUUGCCAGAUCAUAUUAGCCAUAAACCAACAAAAAAUUAUAGUUAUCUGCUUUAGUUUUAAAAAUUCAUGCCUUUAAAAUGCCUGUAGGGUGGAUGCAGCAUAGCAUGAUGACUUUAUGUGUGAGCUGUACAGCCAAAAUUCUUGAGUUCAAAUCUUGGGUUUACUUCUUUCUUCUGUGACCUCUGGAACAUUUUCUAAGGGAUCUGUACCUCAGUUUUCUCAAUGGCAAAUUAGAAUUUAUAAUAAUUAUACCUACUUCAAAGGGGGACUAAAUGAAUAAAGCACCUGUGACAGUUCUUGGCUCAGACUUAAUAUUCUUUAACUGUUGUCAUUACCACUUUUGUUAUCAUUAAUAUUACUUAGAUAAAAUUUUUAGCAGUGGAGUAAAAUAGAUUCCAGAAAGCAGGAAAGCAAAGAGAUAUGGAGAAGAAGGCAGUUAUGUCUCAGGACAUUAAUUGUAUAUGGAGAGAAGUGUAUAGGAAAGGUAUACCAAGAGGAAGGAUAUUUCUUCAUUGGACAUGAGCAAUUUUUGACAGUGGAAGACAUAUAUCUGUCUCACUAAAGUGAGCCUACCACUGUGAUCCUAGCCUUCUUGAUAGCCUCAGCAAUGAUGUCUAUGCAGGACAAUCACUGAGUGAGUGACAAGGAUCAGCCUUAAAGAGAAAGGAAAGUGCUGGUUAAGUUUGGAAGGCUGGGUAGAGCAUAUCCAUGCAGCGUGGAUGUUCCAAAAAAGCUUAGAGAGAGACUGUUCAAAACAGCUGUAAUAUAUUGCUGAAAAUUAAGGAAUAAUGAUAUUUUCAUGAGAUUUCAGUGCCAGAAAAUGAUUUAAUUUUUGUAGAGCUUCCAAUUCUGUGCUCUAGUUGUAUACUAGAAAAAGUAAAAGAAUUAAAUUGCUAACAUGUUUUAUAUGUGAAAAUAUAUGAUCAGGAGAAAGUUUAUUUGCUGUCAUCAUAGUCUCUA